GGCCACCUCCCUUGUUCUCUACACCCAUCUUCCCUCCUUCCUUUGAGAAGCACAUAACACCACUAUGCCUGCCAAGAAGCGUUGUCAAUUCCAAGCCGGCUCCGAUGCUCAGUGCAAUUCCGCUGCUCUGCGAAUUGUCGGUCAGUGCGCCUUGUGUAGAGCCCAGUUCUGUGGAGAUCAUCGCAUGCCCGAACACCACUCAUGCAAUAACCUCGAGGACUGUAGACAACAGGCGUUCGACCGCAACAAAUCGAAGUUGGAGGCGGAGAGGACAGUGGCUAGCAAGAUGGCCACCGCUUGAUUCUGCCAUACAACCCGCCUUUCUUUGCUCUUCUUGCCGCCUUGUUUCACCGCUCUCCUCAUUAAUCACUGCAUUGCACCCACUAUUAUCCCCUCACUCGGACAUCCAUAGUCAUACAUUCUGGGCUAUUGUACAGACACUAUCAUAAUUAUCCUGAAACACGAACUGUAACACGCAAGAGAUACACCUCAGCCGUCCUCAAUGGCAACCCUCACACGAUAAGCAGUCGGGAAGCACCGCGACCCAAAUGGAGUUAUUGAUUGCAUGUCACCCGGGGCCCGGGCCGUGAUCCAUCGUAGAAGUAUCAACCCCGCGCACCUGAAAUUGACUCCAGUUCCCGACUAUCACAAGCUCCCGAAAUCGUCUAGCAGCCGGCCUAAAUCUGAUCAAUGUCGAACAGACUCAAACAGGUUCAAGAACAAAUGGCUGGCGCAACUGCAGAACAAUGGCAGAGCGUCCCUCUCGCGCCUCCGGACAGCAUCUUCCAACUCACAGCGGCGUACAAGGAAGAUUCAUUCGAUAAGAAAGUCAAUCUCGGCGUCGGUGCUUAUAGAGACGACGAUAAUAAGCCGUGGGUGCUUCCCGUUGUUAAGGAGGCUAAGCGCGUCAUUCUCAACGAUCAAACCCUCGACCAUGAAUAUCUCCCCAUCACUGGACUCCCUGAAUUCACCGCUGCUGCGGCCAAACUCAUCCUAGGGCCGCAAUCACCUGCUCUCGCCGACGGCCGGGUCUCGAGUGUCCAGACCAUCUCGGGUACCGGAGCCAAUCAUCUCGGUGCAUUAUUCCUCUCCAGGUUCUAUCAAUGGGGUAGCGAAAAGAAGGUGUGGUUGAGUAAUCCUACCUGGGCGAAUCACUUUGCAAUUCUGAAGAAUGUCGGAAUCGAGCCAGUCGAGUAUCCGUAUUACGAUCCCAAGACCAUCGGUCUCGAUUACGACGGGUUCUUGAACACCUUGAAGACUGCGCCGGAACGAUCUGUGUUUUUGUUGCACGCUUGUGCCCAUAACCCCACCGGCGUCGACCCGACCCAAGAGCAGUGGGGUGCAAUUGCGGAUGUGAUGCUCGCGAAGAAACACUACGCGUUCUUGGACUGUGCGUAUCAGGGUUUCGCCAGUGGUGAUCUGGACAAGGACGCUUGGGCUGUGCGCUUCUUUGUCGACAAGGGAGUGGCUCUGCUUAUCUGCCAAAGCUUUGCCAAGAACGCUGGGUUGUACGGCGAACGAGUCGGUGCCCUCCACAUCGUGUCCCCCACUCAGGAGACGGCGGCCAAGGUCAAGAGCCAGCUCUCCGUUCUGCAGCGGAGCGAAAUCAGUAAUCCUCCGACCCACGGAGCGCGCAUUGUUUCACUGAUCCUCAACGAUCCAAUCAUGUUUGAGGCCUGGAAACGAGACAUCCAGACUAUGGCAGGCCGCAUCAUCGAAAUGCGUAAGGAGCUGUUCCGUCUCCUCACGGAAGAACUCCACACUCCAGGCAACUGGGAUCACAUCGUCAAGCAGAUAGGCAUGUUCAGUUUUACCGGCAUCACACCUGCACAAAGCAAGGCAUUGAUCUCCGAAUGCCAUGUCUAUCUCACAGGUUCGUUCUGCCGCAGCUCUCAGUGGUGUUUCAUUAAUGACCGCCGCAGCCAAUGGCCGCAUUUCGAUGGCUGGUCUCAACACCAAGAACAUUCGCUAUUUCGCCGAGUGCUUGGAUCUUGUCGUCAGAAAGUUCUGAACCACGUAGCACGCGAAGAAAUGUAACUUUAGAAAUGUAGAAACAAAACUUGUCGUGCCUGCUGAA